UAAUAUAACAUAUAGGACCUUUCGUUGAUUCACGUUAAUCUACAUUGGAUAUUAAAAUAAACAAAAGCAUUACUGUAAACUUAGAUUACGUUUAAUCGAUCACAUCGUAAAUUUAUAGAUAAUAGAAUAAAGAAAGUUUUUGUUUCGAGAAUCGUCAUGAAAUAUAAACGAUACUUUUUUUUAUUUUUAAUAACCUUCAAUAUUGUAUUCGGUCGAGCAAAAAUAUUCGAUAAAAAUCGGUAUGAAAUCGAACACAUGGAUGAUCGUUUGUCCAAGGACAUCGUACCAAAAAAAUAUAUCAUCGCAGCAUCACCUGAUUUCAUCGAAGAUAGGUUUUAUGGUGCUGUACAAAUCGAUUUAACAAUUAUGAAGGUUAAAGAUUAUAUAGUUUUACAUUCAAAAAAUUUAACCAUUACAUCGACUAAAUUGUAUAAAAGUGAUAUGCCAUAUGACGAAAUUUCAAUUGAUACUAUUUAUCCUAUUGAAGAAUAUGAAAUGAUAGUAAUCGAAAUUACAAAUAGCUUAAAACCUGAUAAUUAUAUCCUAAGAAUGAAUUACAGUGGUACAUUAAGUAAUAAGAUCAAUGGAUUUUACUUGAGUAGUUAUACAGUUAAUUCCGAAAAUGAUCGUGUCAGAAAAUUAGCGGUCACACAAUUUGAGCCAACUUAUGCGAGAAAAACAUUUCCUUGUUUCGAUGAGCCAGCAUUUAAGUCUGUCUUUCAUAUUCGUAUCGUUCACGAUGGAAAAUCGAAUUAUCAUGCUUUAUCUAAUAUGCCGAGUAUAAGAGUCGAUAAAGCAGAUGAUAAAAGCGAUUUGAUGGUAACAACUUUUGCACCUACUUUACCGAUGUCGACAUAUCUCGUGGCUUUUCUAAUAAGUGAUUUCGAGUGUCUAACCUCAAGUGCAGAUUCAUUAAACGGAACUAGAAUACCGCUUAGUGUUUGUAUUAGAUCGGAUUACAAGAGUAAAGUGCAAUUUGCUUUGAAUAUUGCUGCCCAAGCUAUCGAAUAUUAUUCGAAUAUUUUGAACAUCGAUUAUGCUCUCCCAAAAUUAGAUCUCGUCGGAAUACCGGAUUUUGCAGCUGGUGCAAUGGAAAAUUGGGGUUUAAUAACGUUCCGUGAGACUGAAGUGAUCUACAGCGAGGAACAUAGCUCAUGCGAAAACAUAAAGAGCGUUGCUCUCACAGUGACCCAUGAAUUGGCACAUAUGUGGUUUGGAAAUCUUGUUACAAUGAAAUGGUGGAACGAUCUUUGGCUCAAUGAAGGUUUUGCAACUUAUAUGGAACACAUUGCCGUCGAUUUUAUUUUUCCCGAAUGGAAUCAGAUGCAAAUCUUCCCAUUGGAUACUAAAUACACAUCGAUGAUCUAUGAUAUGAAAAAAAAUGCACACCCAAUAGUUAAUCGUCUUGAAGCUUCCGAUGAAAUAGGUCAAAUGUUUGAUCGUAUUUCUUAUCAAAAAAGUGCUGCAGUAAUUAACAUGUUAGAAGAUGCAAUAGGCAAUUUAAAAUUCAUCUCUGGAAUUAGAAGUUAUCUUAAGAUGUAUCAAUUUGCUAAUGCCGAAUCGAAAGAACUUUUUGAGCGUUUAAACGAGGAAACUAAAAAUUUCGUAAAUCUAAUAGAUUUUUUAAAUCGAUGGACAAGAUUACCUGGAUUUCCUCUCGUUAAAGUUCAACAAAAGGAUAGAUCAGUGAAAUUGUCUCAGGAACGAUAUAUCGUUGAUAAAAAACAAGAGGAAUCGUUCACAGAAAGUUGGGACAUUCCUUUGAAGUAUAUAACGAGUCGAAAAGAAGACGGUAUCAAUUUCGCUUGGUUCCUUGCUAAUUAUUCUUGCGUCGAAUUGGUCUUAGAAAAGUCAGUAAAUUGGGUAAAAUUGAAUCACAAUUCGAUUGGUUAUUAUAUCGUUAAUUAUACUGAAGAUAAUUGGAGAACGUUCACUGACUUACUAUUGACUAAUAUCCAAGUUCUGGAUCCAGUAAAUCGUGCAGAUUUAUUGCACGAUGCAUUUAUUUUAGGUGAUAAUAACGAUCUAUCAUAUCAUAUCGUUUUGAACAUGACCACUUACCUAAAAAACGAGAGUGCUCUUCAACCUUGGAUAGUUGCUGGUCAAUGGAUCAAUCAUGUUAACAGAUUAUUUCGUUCGACUAAUUUGCAUCGUCCGUUUCAAUCCUAUGUGCAACGUCUGAUCGAUAAAAUUUAUCAACAAGUUGGAUGGAAGGUUAACGAGAAAGAAGAAUUACCACACAGAGAAUUACGGGUAGUUAUUCUGAAGAUAGCAUGCAGUGUAAAAUUCGAUCAUUGCUUGGACACAGCCAUUAUGAAGCUUAAAAAUUUCGUUGAUAGUAAUGCCACGCAAAAAUUGCAUCCUGACAUUCGUUCUAUCGUUUAUUCCUAUGGUCUCUUUUUGCCAAACGAGGAGGCUGAACCGAUAUUCGAAAAAAUGUGGGAAUUCUUUUUAAGAGAGGCAGACGUGCAAGAAAAAAAAAGAUUGUUGAUAAGAUUAGCAGCUGUUAGAAACAAGGAUAUUCUCAAUAAAUAUCUUCUGAAGAUACAGGACGAGAAAGUUGUUCGUAGGCAAGAUUUUUUUGAAGUCAUCAGUAAUAUCGCUCUAAAUCCAGUUGGUCUUGAUAUAGUCUGGGACUUUUUUAGAAAUCAUUGGGAAAAUUUAAUCGAAAAAUUUGCAUUAAACGAUCACGCUGUGGAUGCAGUUAUAGGAGCAGCCAUCUCUUUAUUCAAAGAUGAAGAAAAAUUGAUGGAGGUAAAAAAUUUCUUCGAUAAAUAUCCAAACAUUGGUCCAAAUGCAAAUAUGAAGAAAAAUGUGAUUGAAGAUAUUGAAAGUAAUAUCAAAUGGAUAAAAAUGAAUUUGUGGCAAUUCGAACAAUGGUUAAACGAAGAAGGAACUUAUUUUACAUAGAACUUUCAUUAUAAAAUAUAAUUGUUUUUUUUUUUUUUUUUCAUUGUUCAUUUAAUUAACUGUUUGAAUGAUGUUAUAUAUCCUCAGAAUGCAUCGAUACAUAACUCGAUAUUAAAAAAUUAAUAUACAUUUUAUUAUCAAUGCCAGAAUUUGAAUAUUAUCAUCUGAUAUAAUCUUAAAAUUAUAACAAAGAAAGUUCUCUUAAAAAAAAAAUCAUAAAAUAUAUAUAUAUAUUACAUAUCAGCUGUACUCCAUUUGUAUGCUUCCUCUUGCAAUGCUGUUUUUGCAUUUUGUGCUUCGAACCAUUUCUUUUCGUAUCCGUUGCUCCUAUCGACUCCGUCCCAACGAUGACCAGGUUUGAUACCAAAACGAUUAGGCGUAAAAGAUCCUUGGUAUCGUAGUUCAUCUAUUAAGAUAUUUACAUUGUCUAUUAUUAUAAUGAACUUUUAUAUUAAUAGUGAUUAAUAUUUAACAAUUAAUUCGUCUGAUUGUACAAAAAAAAAAAAAAUAAAAGAAAAGAAAAAAAAAGAAAAAAAACAAAACAGUAUAUAACUCACCAGGUUUUAUUUUUCCUUCUUUUAUUUUUUUCUUCCUAAUAUAUUCCAACAUCGGAUCACCUUCUUUUUCUUGUUCCCUAAGUGCUUUGUCUAAAUCAGCAUCAUCCGCGUAUCUUGCCAAUGGUUUGCUUAUUUCAUGAAGAUAAUUCUUUAAUUUUUCUUCUUUAUCUUCUACUUGUUUCAAUCUAGAGAAAAAAAAAAGAAAAAAGAUAAAAAUUGUUUUGAAAAUAUCAUUUUAAUAAAAUUAUAAUA